ACUGUCUACAAUAUAUCUUCCUUCCUCACGCCGUGUUUUCUAAUAGAAUGGCGGCGCUAAGAAAGUUACCGAGUCUAAGCAUUUUAAGUUUAGUGGCAUUAGUCAUCUUAGCAGUGGAACCAUACGAAUCAUUAAGCUCUAGCAGAAAAUCUGUUCAUUCCGGCUUCAAAACCGAUUAUAAUGGCGUGGGUAGUGGAAUGUGCGCCUCUGCCGUCACUGUUCAUGGUUAUAAAUGCCAGGAAUUUGAGGUAACAACUGAUGACGGAUACAUACUUAGCGUGCAAAGAAUACCAGAAGGCCGUGUAGGAGGAGGUGGUGGGCCGACGACCAACAGGCAGCCAGUGCUGUUGCAGCACGGCGUUCUUGUGGAUGGAGUAACAUGGCUGCAGAAUUCACCAGCACAAUCACCGGCGAUGAUCUUGGCAGAUAAUGGCUUUGAUGUUUGGAUUUCCAAUAUCAGGGGAACCAGAUAUAGCCGUCGCCAUGUCACUCUUGAUCCUGAUAGUGCGGACUACUGGAAUUGGACAUGGGAUGAUCUUGUCGUCCAUGACUUACCUGCUCUCGUUGAUCUUGUCUUUAAACAAACUGGGCAGAAAAUUCACUAUAUAGGCCAUUCAAUGGGCACCUUGAUAGCGUUGGCGUCCUUUUCAGAAGGGAAACAAAUAGACAAGGUAAAAUCAGCAGCCUUGCUCAGCCCAGUUGCUUAUUUGAGCCAUAUGACCACUGCACUCGGUGAUGUUGCUGCUAGAGCUUUUGUUAGUGAGAUCACUACAAUAUUUGGUCUUGCAGAAUUUAAUCCAAGGGGUGAGCCUGUGUCCGAUUUUCUCAAGGUCUUAUGUGCUCAAGCUGGGGUGGACUGUUAUGACUUGAUAACUGCACUUACUGGAAAGAACUGCUGUCUAAAUGCCUCCACAGUCGAUCAUUUCUUGAAGAACGAACCCCAGUCUACAUCAACUAAGAACCUUGUGCAUUUGUCUCAGACUGUUAGAGAUGGUGUCUUGUCGAAAUAUGACUAUGGGAGCAACGACUUCAAUCAGGCUCACUACGGUGAAACCAAACCUCCAAGGUACAAUCUGACAAAUAUCCCUCAUGAUUUCCCCCUGUUUCUCAGCUAUGGAGGCCAAGAUGCACUGUCUGAUGUUCAAGAUGUUGGGACAUUACUUGAUAAUCUCAAGUACCACGAUGUAGAGAAGCUACAUAUUCAGUAUAUCAAGGAUUACGCUCAUGCAGACUUCAUUAUUGGGAUUACUGCUAAGGAUAUCGUCUACAACCAGAUUAUUUCCUUUUUCAGAAACCAAGGAUGAACACCUUGUUGGGAUUGAAAUAAGCUAAUA